ACUGCUGCUUCACACAUGCAAGUGUUUUUUUCUUUUCAUCUCUCUUUGCUUUGUUUCUCAUCUGUCAAAUGGUAUUUAUGUUGUUUAUAGUAGCGUCAUAGUGGUCGGCAUUUGUUUUUAAAAAUUAAAGUGUAUCGCUAGAAUAGAAUAUCGUUUAUUCCUUUUUUUUAGAAUUUUGUACACGAAAAAUGGAACUGAAAAAUUAUGAGCUAAUUCAAUUGAUAGGCUCUGGUUCAUAUGGACAGGUCUACAAGGCCAGAGAAAAAGCAACCAACCGAAGCAUUGCGGUGAAACUGAUAAAAAAAAAACCGAAUGCAUCAUCUCGUGAGAAGAAAGAGCAAAAGAAUUUUCUUAAAGAAUGCAAAAUACAUAGUUCUUUAAGUCACCCGAACAUUAUACAAAUGUUGAGCUCAUUCGAAACCAUUGAGUAUAUUGUUGUUGUUACGGAAUUGGCCAGUAUUGAUCUGCAUCAGUUCAUGUCAUGCAACAAACUAUCGGAAAAACAUGUCCAAAAACUUUGCUGGAAUUUGUUGUCCGCGUUGUACUAUUUGCACUCGCAUCGGGUUUCGCAUCGUGAUUUGAAACCGCAAAAUAUUCUACUGAACAACUAUGAUAACAUAGACGAAAUGGAGGCAAAAUUAUGCGAUUUUGGAUUGGCUCGGAAGAUGACUUCUGAAACAUAUCUUCUGACUUCGGUUAAAGGAACUCCAUUGUAUAUGGCACCAGAAGUAAUGGAUGAAGCAUUAUAUGAUGAACGAGCAGACCUCUGGUCUGUAGGCUGUAUUCUAUACGAGGCACAUUUCGGGAGACCACCAAUAAAGACACAAUCAUUUUCACAAUUAUUAAAAUGGCUGCGCAAUCCGGACAUUAUUUGGCCGUCGCCAAUAUCAGUAGAAUCCAAAUCGUUUGUAGAAGGCCUUCUGAAGAAAGAGCCAAGAAUGCGUCUUACCUGGCCCCAGAUAGUCGAGCACCCAUAUAUAAAAGAUAACUUAAUUAUUUUGGACAACAACAGAGCAGAACGUCCAUUGACCGAGGAUUUGACGACAUCCCAACUAAUUCGAAAAGAAAAACAAAGAGACGAAAUUAUAUUUAACCGUGGCAAGAAGAUGAUAGCUGAGGCAAUGAGUAAAUGUGAGGCAAAGAAUAAUAAAAAAAUUACAGAUGCCGGCGCACACCUAAACCCAAAUCAAAAGAGGAAACAAUCCAAUGUUAUUGGUGACAACGAAUCGAUUUCGUCAGACGAUAGUGUGAACGCUAUCAUUCAAACAGAUCUCGAAACAGACGUCGAAGGACCUCUAAUAAAAAAGGGGAUAAAACCGCCAACUGAAAAUGAACCUACCGAUCGAGAAGAGAAUCAAAAUUUAAUUAUUCAACGAUACACAGACAAUUUUGCAGCAGCAAUUGAUGAGAUUGUGGGUGAUCGAGAUGCGAACGUCAACGAAAACCUCAACAUUGGUACACUGAUGGAGAACAUGGAAAAGAUGCAGCUCGAGGACGAGAAUAAAUGGUAUGCAGAUAAAGGUAAACCACGGCCUACCCUUGCAUCCAAGCUGGCAGACGGCGUUAACGUUUCAGAGGCAGUCCCAUCGAGUAUGGUAUCAAAGACAAAUACAGAAUUGGAGAGGCGUAAGCUAAGUCAAAACUUGGACAAUUUUUCCAUUCGCCUGGGAAAUGACAUGAAUGAAAAAAAGUGCGACGAAAAUGAUAAAGACAGCUCAAAGGAGAAAUCACAAGAUGUUUCGGUUGCAGAGAAGAGUUUGCCGGAAACUCCAGAUGCUAAGCAAGAUACCUACGAGGAUGAUCAAGGUCCGCCAAUUGAAAAUGAACCGAUAGUCAAUGAAGAGUGGUUGGCUUUCAUACACAUGUCAAUGCAAGAGGUCUUGAACGGAGAAACCGAUUCAUUAAAACAUCAAAAUCUGGUUGGAAUAAUUGUGGCAAUCUUGAGGAAUUUUAAUGCAAGUUGCACGGUAAUUUCAAGCGUUGUGCAAUUACUCAGUAUUCCAUUUGUGUUGCCCAUAUCCAGUGACGAUAUAGCUGAAAUAAAAACCGUUUAUCUGCAAACAAAACUACUGCCGAAUUUGAUUUUUGCAUCAAAAAUUGUGUGCAUGGUGAAGAGUAGCAAUCCAAGUUUUUCAUCAACGUUGUCUUCAUCGAAUUUUGCUGCUUUGGGCACAACGCAAGAGCAAGUUGUUUUCAAGAGAAUGAGCGACUUAUCGGCAGAACAGUUAAAAACAUUGAAAAGUAUAUAUGAAUUGGUGUGUUAUCUCAUACACUUGAAUGAAAAUUUCUUGGCCCAAUUUUGCGACUCCGUGUACAUCAUCGCCAAUGACCUACUUCGACAUUUGCUAUCGGACGUAGUGUACGAUGCACAGGGAAUGCAAAUAGUUUGUGCCAUUGUUUCGAUUCUAUGCUUUGUACUGCGAGAGACACCUGAAAAUGCGGAGCUCGUCGAAACUGUUAUAUUUCACGAGAGUGUUGAUAUAAUAAGUUUGUUGCAAAAUGGACACCAUUUGCUAAGAUCUCGUCUGUGCAAUUUACUGAAAAUCAUUGCUCGGUUCAGCUGUUAUUCUCUACAAAAAUCGUGGACCAAGGAAUUUAAACAAACAUUGGAAGGUCUUUUGGAUGAGAGUAACGCACAAGUGAAGGAAGCAGCAAAAGAUACAAUCGAUGAACUCAGCCUUCUAUCGUUUUAUAGCAUAUGAAUUUCAUAUAAUAUUCAAUAUCCAAGCCAUGUCAUGAGUGAUGUUAUAUUAAUUUCAUUUCAAAUACAUUAACACAUUAGAAAUAAAUAAAUAUUUUUGAUACACAUGAAAAUAA